AUGCUGAAAGAAGAAAGAAAGAAUUCAAUUUUAGCUAAAGAAAUAAAUUUUUCAAUGAUGAAACAGUUCAUAAGGCAAGAUUACCUUACAGCGGGGUUGGACAAUGGGAAUCAAGUCAAAUGGAGUCAAAAUAGACAAAAAUUUAGAGCACAACAACAAUUGUUGUUUUACAUAAGAGUAAUGAUUGUAAAUAAGCAUGAAAAACGAUCUAUUGAUGAAGCCGUUUAA